GUUUUCUCAAUUACUUACAAAACUGGCGCUUCCAUGUUUAGUUAAACCCAAAAAUUAACAUUUUUCUUUGUUAUUGGUUAAUAUUGAUAACCUUUCGUAAAGAAAUAACCAAAUAUCAAUUGUGACUGUGAAGUGAAAACAUUUAAAAUGAUAUUCAGAUUACUUGGUUUAGCAUUUCUUUUUCUUUCAGCAUUUGGACAAGAAAGCCCAAAAGUGGUUCCAUUUUCAGCUCCAAUUAAACCAAUGAUUGGAGGUAAAACAUCAUUAACCUGUCAAAGCUUAUUUGGGUCUCCACCAUUGACAAUAAUCUGGUAUAAAGAUGAUGUACAAUUAACUGAUUCACCAAGUAAAUCAAUUCGUAUUCAAAGUAUGGAAGCUUUGUCAGCAUUAAUUGUUGAUUCAAUUACAUCAAGUUCAUCGGGCAAUUAUACAUGUAAAAUAUCAAAUCGAUAUGGAUCUGAUUCUUAUACAACAGAGCUACUCAUUGAAGGUCCUCCAAAUUGGCUCUCAAAACCAUCAGACAUUAAACAACAAUUUGGCGAAACAAUUUCAAUUGAAUGUCGUGCUUCAGGUUAUCCUAAACCUAAAACUACAUGGAAAAAGAUGAAAGGGCCAGCAUCUAAUUGGAAUCAAAUCGAAGAUUAUUAUUCUAAUAUGGAGACAAUUGGAUCGAAUAAUGAAAAAUUAAUACUUCGUAAUGUUACCCGAGAUAAUGGAGGAAGAUAUGGAUGCUCGAUUUCCAAUGGAAUUCAACCUGAUCUUUGGACAGAAUUUCAAGUUACUAUUGAUGGUAAAUUCUCAUAGUAUUUAUAUCAUUUGAUAGAUUGAAAAAAGCGCUUUCUAGUCACCAUGUUUAGUUUCGAGAAGAAAAAAUUAACCUUCUUUUACAGAGAGAUGUGCAACUUGAUGUAAUUUUCCUAACAAAGAGCAAUCUUUACGAGAUCCAGAUUU